AUGGCGGAUCAGCUAACCGAUGACCAGAUCUCCGAGUUCAAGGAAGCUUUCAGCCUAUUCGACAAGGACGGAGAUGGCUGCAUCACCACAAAGGAGCUCGGGACGGUGAUGAGAUCACUUGGGCAGAACCCGACGGAAGCGGAGCUCCAGGACAUGAUCAACGAGGUUGACGCAGACGGGAACGGAACAAUCGAUUUCCCGGAGUUCCUGAACCUAAUGGCGAGGAAGAUGAAAGACACUGAUUCAGAGGAAGAGCUCAAGGAAGCCUUCAGGGUUUUCGACAAGGACCAGAACGGUUUCAUCUCAGCGGCUGAGCUCCGCCACGUCAUGACGAAUCUUGGUGAGAAGCUUACGGAUGAGGAAGUCGAUGAGAUGAUCAGAGAAGCUGACGCCGAUGGUGAUGGUCAGAUCAACUAUGACGAGUUCGUCAAAGUCAUGAUGGCGAAGUGA